AUGCACGUUAAGUUGGUCCUGUGUCUGGCGGCCGCCACCCUUGUCGCCGCCGAGAACAUUGUCACCACCACCCUUUUCAUCCCGGAUACGGACGCCGAGUCAUUGGCGGGCUCAGUCAUGGGCGUGGCUGCAACUGCUACUACCUUCUUUGUCAACUGUCCGACCGCAACUGGUAUCAGUGAUGAUGAUGAUGAUGGUGAUGAUGGUGAUGAUGACUGCGGCAUGGGGGCCGGGAUGACGAUUAUCGCUGGUCCUCAAACCACCAGCUAUCUCAUGGGAGAGCCAGCAGAUGAUAUCUAUAUGUCCAUGGCUUGUUCUGUGCAAGGAAUUACUUACGGGGUCUGCACGGAGAUGAUUUCGGGCACCGGGGCGGAUUACCCGGGGACGUAUACCACGACCAUGGGGACUGAUGACCUCUGCUGCUUUGUGCCCGUGACAAUCACGGCGGGCACGCUUACCGGUGGUGCUGGAGAUGCCACCUCCCCUGCGAGUGUACUAGCUACGGGAACGGCUACCGCCACCACUACCAGUGCCUCCGCUACCGGCACGGACCCUGCAAUUAGCGACAAAUCGGUUGCUGCCACCGCCUCCACGACCACUCACAAUAGCACGACCCAGAGCACUGGAGCUGCGGCACUCCUUACCUAUGAUUCGACUGUGAUCUUGGGAGGUGCUGCGGCGGCUGCCCUUGUGGCCGCAGCUUUAUAGAAUACGAGGAAGAAAAG